AUAGUCAUACUUAUAAUCGUCCAAUGAACAAGCCCUAGUACGUGUGCCAAGCAGAAUCCUAUAAAAGCCAAAAUACUUCCCUUCAGUUCAUUAUUUCAACUUUUAGCUGAAUGAUUGGGAAGGCCAUUAUUUCAAACUCAACUUAUGAUUGGACCAAACUUGUGGAUUUUACACUGACAUAAUGGUGAAGUUUGUGAGCGGAAAGACGGGUUACCAUGAUGAAAUCUUCAACAUGUGGAAUCGUGAAAUACAGCAAGCUAAUAAGAUGGAAGGAGAUGAGACGCACAUCAGCACUGCUCACAUCGACCUCACCCCACCCACAUCACCUAAACCUACUGGGGAUACCCCACCCCAACCUACUCCUAGUACUACUGCUACUCCUACGGACGUUUCAGAGAAGCCCAUUGACAGUAUGGAAUCAGUCAGAAAUGAGGUCAGGGAGUUCUUCCGGAGAUGCAGAGAAAUGCUUGACAGCAGAGAACAGGCCCUUCUACAACAGCUAUCUGAAGAGAGAAAAGUCAUAAAGCCCCCUCUAUUGACAAAGAAGAGAAAGUCGGUCAAGAACCACACACAUCAGCUCAAGCUGAACCCACUGGGGUCGAUAGAGGAAGGUAGCGGAAGCGAUGAGAACGGGAGCAAACCCUUGAACAACAAGGAAGAAGAGAAGCAGAACGGAUGCGAGGUGGAGCUGAAUGCCAAAGACACUCUGAAAAGAAAACGUGGAAGAAAGCUGAAAACUGCCAGGCACGUCGACAUCAAGGAUGAGAAUGGAUAUCAUCCCACAUCAAAUAUAAACAAGUUUCACUUGAGUAAAGUAGACAAGAAGGAAAUGAAACAAUACGAAAAUGCUGUCCAAAAUUUGGGAUUGAUCUAUGUCGGGAAUGCGGAUCCUUCAAAAACAAUCGCGGUGGCAAGGCCAGCGUUGGUGUGCGCAAAGUGCACUGCUAAAGUGAAAGCCAUUGAUAAGCGAGGUAAAGAAUGUAAGCAAGGAGGGGACAGCUUUACUGCUAACAUGCAAACCCCUGAUGGAGGGUCGCUCCCAUGUGAGUUCUUUGAUAACGACAAUGGGACCUACACUAUCACCUUCAGACCAAAAGUGGCUGGGACACAUGAACUGAACAUUCUAGUCUCUGGACAGCCAAUCAAAAGCAGCCCUUUGCAGGUAAAAGUACAGCCAGUAAGGUUACAGGCCAAGAGUUCCUUUGUUGGUGGUCCGUGCAUGUUCGGGUUGGACAUUCCUAACAGGUAUAGGGUUCCUUUUGGGGACAAACGCGAUGAGAGCGAGACGGAACGGGCCUGUCUCACUCCUGAUAUGAUGAACAUUUUUGUAAGAAAUCAGGAGGGGAAACCUGUGGAUUCCUCGGUCAUAGGCUGUGUUUGUAAUGACAGGGAAGUCUCAACCUACAAUGUUCGCUUCUUGCCAGCAUCACCAGGGGAUUAUGACAUCAAUGUGCUUCUGAAGACAACAGGUGAUGUCAUCGCUCAACAGGUUAUACCAGUUCACGAAAAGGAGCAGAUAGGACGCAGCGGAAGUGGUGUAGGGGAACUGCUCAACCCGACAGACCUCACCAUAACUCCGCACGGGGACAUCUUUGUAGCGGAUACUGUGGAGAACUCUCGCAUCCAGCGCUUCUCCUCAGACGGUAGAUACCUCAGUCAAUUCCCAGUAGACUUCCAAGAACCAGCCUUGAUAGGUUCUGACUCUGCUCACAUAGCAGCAGUGUUCCUAAGCUCAAAGCAAGUAGUUGUUUACACCUACGAUGGCUACCCCGUCCACCAAUUUGGACAUGACCAGCUUACCCAUCCUCACGGUAUAGCUCUCAACUCCCUGGGAAACAUCUACAUCAUUGACCUCACCCUACAAUGCCUUCUAAUCUUCACCAAGGUCGGCAAGCUUCUCACCCGUCUUGGACAAGAGGGUUCCCGUCCGGGAGAAUUCAACCAUCCCCAUUUCAUCGCCAUCGGCUCCGAUGAUCACAUAUUCGUGAGCGAAGCCCGUAACUUCCGCAUCCAGGAACUCAGCAGCAUUGGCUCUUAUGUCAAAGAACUCCGCUCAAAGGACAAAAUGGCUGAACCCGGAUCCAUCGCCAUAACGACUGGAGGUCAUCUUCUGGUGCACGACGAGAAGAGCCAGAAGAUACAGAUUGUUAACUUGGAUGAGAAUCGAUUUGCAGGGAAUCUGCCUCUAGAGCUUAUCCAACCAAACACUGGACGCAUCGAUGUCACACAUGAUGGUUACAUAAUCAUCCUUGACAUGUUUCAUCACUGCCUUUGGCGAUACCGUAUACCAUAUGAGUCUUGAUAAAAACAUAUUUGUUUGUAAGAUAAUAUGUCUAUAUCUAUUGUACAUAAAAAUUGUGUGGAAUAUACAGUGAACAACAAAGAUACAUUGAAUUGUUUGUGCCUAUAAACCAAAGUGAAUGCAGUAUUGUAGGUAUCUUGAAUUGAUGUACCGUAAGUAACGGACUAUAAACCGCAUCCGUGUUUUAACCGCACCCCCAACUUUGGACUAAAAAAAAAAAAAAAAAUCCUUCUCACAUUUACAUGCAUAUUUGAGGUACGAAGAAACAAAAACUCAGUUAAAGAUUUCAAGGUAUCCAAAGAGAUUACCGGUAUGCGGAAAUCUGCUGUUCUUGAUCAAUUUACACACUCACUCACCUCACAGUCACAGUGUACACACACACAGCACUUCUGUUCUUACAUUGCAAACUACGAUACGGUACCAGCACUGCAGUACAUCUUAUCAAAUUAUGAUGUGUCUUUCCCGGCAUAGGAAGAAGAAACAUUCACAUUUCUUGCAUCACAACCUCACAAUCACUUUCAAAAUUUGACAAUAUUUGCUUAAGAUCGUAAUAAUCGCUUCCCAUUACCACGGCUCAUACCCCUCUAAAUGACAUUGCCCUGGGCGGCUACGCCCGGCCACUCGAUGUGUUGUGAACUGGCAGAAGUCUUUUACAAGUUCGGGAGGUGUUACGGCGGGCUGGCUCCGACCCGUCACCGUGGAUAAACCGCACCCCCGACUUUUGCUUCUAUCCCGCCGAGAAAAAGGUGCGGUUAAUAGACCGUUACUUACGGUACACGUAUUUAGUAAAAAUAUAUUUGGGUGUGAGUUUUACAAGUCAACAUGGCAAGUUAAAAUAAGCAUGUAAUGCAUUCUUUUCAGGCAAGCUGUUGUCUGGGGUAUUUAAAUAAUAUCAUGUACAGUACAAUGCCAGGAUUAUGUACUGCUCCUCUGAUAAUACAUACUUUUUAAGAUUUAUUUAUUGUCAUUUUUUCCCUCUGAACUUUGUUUGGAGUUUUAAAGUAUCAUUUUAGGUCAAGGUUUUAAGUUAUUGAGAAUAAUCAAAGGAAAAAUUGUUGUUAAUUUAAAACUACAAAAAAGUAUACAAUUUUAAGUGUCUGUUCCUCCUAAUACCUAUAUUUCAAAUAUUUUUAUUAAUUCAACAAAACUUGACCAAAAGGGCCCAUCUUUGCGACUAUCUGAAAGUAUUUGAUCAAAUAAUGUGAAAAUGUGCCAUGUGCUUUAUUUUUAUCUAAAAUAAAUGGGUGAGUGGAAGUGUUUGUUCUGAAUAUGUUUUGAAAGUAGUAAAGGUGUCAGUGCUCUGCAAGUGUUAAAUGUUCAUGCUGCACAGAAGUGUUCCUUGUAGAAUGCUUUAAAAAAAAAAGAAGACAGGAACAAUUGCCAAAAUGUGAUCUACGUAUGAUUAACGUUGCUAGAUUUCCUUUAACCCUGAAGCCGUGAAUCAACCCCCCCCCCCUUGACAUUUUCCACGACCAGUCUGCUGACUUAUUACUUUGAAGUCUCGCGCAUCUUUUGAGACCACAUUUACGAUGCCCGGGUAUAAGUUGAAAAAUUAUGCAGCAUUACAUACAAGUAUGUCUGUCAGACCCAAAAUUGCUCCAAAACAUGAUUUUUGUGUACGAAGUCAAAUGUAAAUUGAGUUUUCUCAUCUUAUUCAUAAAGAUAUGAUUAUUCUUACUGACAUCAGCCGAAAUUAAAUGAUUGUAGCAUAAUAACGCUUCAAAAAGGUUCUGCUAUAAUAAAACAAAGAAAUACAUAAGAAUUUCAUAAAACAAUGAAAUACAUAAAAAAAUCAUUUUCAAACGAGAAUUCUUAGUAAUUGUAUAUAGAAUAUUAACACCAAAAAUAAGCAUUCUACUAGCUUUUUUGUGUGAAUUAGAGAAAGAAGUAUGAUUUACACAUAAAUUAGCACAAUUCAUAAUAAAAAAAUCUUAUUAUUUCAGAAAAUUCACCAUACAGCCUUGUAGAUCAUAUCCCACACUAUUAUCAUGGCAAUUUUCAUGGCAUUCGCGCGAUCGGAGGCCGAGAUCUCGAGGGGGAGCAGGAUCGAUUCAAACCCCCUACCAGCCCUACAUGUUUUUUUUUCUCAUCUUGUUGAUCAUUGGUUGGAAGAGAAAUUGAAAGUAUUGCCCUAUACAAACAUUGUCAGCUAAUGUACAUGUAUGUGUCGUAACAACGUUUAAUGAGCCUGUGAAUGUCCGACAUUUGAAAAUGGAUUAAAUUAUCAGA